GCCGACCUUUCUCUUUAAUUUCGCGGAUGACCCCAGACUACUCCCAGAUACACUCCCAUCUUCAACGCUGGUUCGGUGUGUCAAUUUAUUUAGUGCACCCACUCAUGACCUCCUCGCUGAUUUUAACGUCCCUUUUGGCACACCGUGACACAGUUGUGGAUCUUGACUUUCAAAGAUUUGCAAAAAGAUGUUACUCCUACGAUCGCUCACGUCUCUCGUCACCCUGUCCAUUGGCCUUUGCUCUUUUCACAGCGUAGUGUCCGCCACUCCGGUGAAUGGUAGACCCUUGCAAAAAGUGAACUUGGUACCCCCGCUGCCGUCACCCAGUACAGAAAACCCGUUAAUGCCCAAGCUCUCUAUCCUGGCGCACCUUGAUCAUUCUUCAAUAUGGGCGAUAUGUAUCGGUCGAGGUUGUUUUCAAGCCCAACCUAGUUCGCGCUCGUCACCGACCAUCGAGUCCAUAAUUGGUCCAGACGAAUAUCAAAACAGGAAAAAAAGCAAACUUUGGGUUAUUGGAACGCUGAAAUUCUCUGAUCACAAGUCGAUGGAGAUGAUCGUGGAUGAAAUGGAAACUCUCCAGAUUCCCGAUGGGCCGGGGAGGGUCGACGUGAGAUAUAUCAAUCGUGCAUAUUCGUGGUUGGUGAAUGAAAAGAAGGUACUUGUUGUCACUGAAGAGAGUUCUCGAUCCUGGGGCAGUUGGAGUACAUCGGAAUCAUCCAUGAAGUGGUGAACACGCAAAUUCUGCUUAAUGGUUAAUCGUGUAUGAGAGUGAAUACGUAGUGCGUAUAAGCAAUCUCCAUCUC